CUGUAUUCGUUGUCUGUUUGCCCUGGCAGCGGAAACAGACUCCUUUGUAUCUAUUAUGCAACCCGAAAAACUAGAUCUACUUGACUCUCCUGGGAAAUUGUACGAUUAUUUGCUUAUAUCUCUUUCCCAGAGAUUCAAUGAGAGGGAUAAGGAUGUGUUCCAAUUCUCGUUCAGAUAUAUAUUGCCUAUGCAAGUUCUAGAAACGCAAAAGCCAUUGAAGUGGUUUCAAAGUUUGGAACACCGAAUGGAAUUGUCGUGGCGCAACGUUAAUUCUUUAGUUGGUUUUUUGAAAGAAGCAUCGCGUGACGAACUGUUAUCUGUUAUUCGUGAUUACCAAGCAAGAAUCGGUAUAAUUAAAUUUUUUCAGAAGCAUCUUCAAGCAAAAUUCCCUGAAAUACGUCUAAAAGAAGAAUUAAAAAGAAAAUGGUCAUCGAAAAACAACUUGGCGAAAAAUUAUUUAAGAAAAUGUCGGAAAAUGCUCCGUGAAAGCGAUUUACCUAUAAAUAGCGAUUUAUCUAUAAAUCGUGUUCGCAGCCUCUUCUCAAAAGGUGUUAUCCUCCUGGUAAAGAGUUGUUCUCCUAUAUGUUCUCCGCCAUCCAGUGAUGCUUCGCACUUAGUUUGCCUGAAGCUUCUCUAUUUGGCCGAUUUAUUUUACGAUAGAUUUAAGGGAAUGAUAAUUGAUCACGAAGAACUACUGAAUAUCAAACCAUUGCCAUCUGGUAAAUUUUUGGCUCUUGAUAAUCGUAGUCUUAUUCGUGGGCAAACCUCCUGUAAUCCUGGAUUCAAACCUGUAAUGCAUGCUCAAGCUCAUCACGAAAUAUCAAACAGAAGACGCAGUUCAUGUGAAGUAUUUGGUUUUCACAUGAGACUAUGUUCCAUGUUUCUACGUGGAUUUUUCUAAAGCUUGCCGGGUAUGAUGAAAGCUGGGCUGAGAAAAGUAAUGUUUGGAAUUUAUUAUUGGUAAUUUAAUUUAUUCGAUAUAGCGUAACUGCACUAAAGCCAGGCCCACUGAAGCCGGUUUUCCUCUAGCGAUAUUUCUCGCGCGAAGCGACGUUGUUCUUUUGUUUGAGAGCUUUCAACUGCAACCAUCUGGAACAAAUUGCCCAAAUUCAAAGGAAUAAAGUCGCUUCGCGCGAAAAAUAACGCUAGUGGAAAACCGGCUUUGUUGUACGAUUUUAAUCGGCUAAUAUCAAAUUGUUUUGAUGUAUUCCGAUUACAAUCUGCCGACUAAAAUCGCUUAGAAGUGUCAUCGUACACCUAAGGAUUUAAUCGACCGACUAAAAUCGUACGAUAAAUCGCGUUGUGUGCGGCCUGGUUUAAGGUGUCUCGAUCUAGUUAUCAACUAAGUUUAUCACAACCCCUACCGCGUGAGCAAAUUCACGUUAUUGGAAUUUCCAUUUUUAGAAAAGCAAUAUACCGAACGAUUGACUUUUCUCAUUUUAUACGGUAUCCUACGUGACCUAAAUUUUGAGAAUGCAGUAUUGUUCCAAGAAAAACAAACUUUCUAAUACCGAAAAUAUCCCGUGAUGCUAAAAAUUUUUUUGAAGAACGGACAUUUUUUGAUUCUUCAAAAAUCUGGCUUCACAGAUUGUUUUCUCAUAUUUUGCUAGAUGUUGGUUUUUCUCCAUUUAAAUGAUGCACGAAAAAAAUUGGGGGUCACCGUUCUUUCAGUUGGCAACUUUUUUUCGGCUAAUAGGUGAUUUCGGUGUACGUUUCGUUCACGUAUGUCGCCGUAGCAAAGGCCGAACUCUUUUCUAAUUUGAACGUGCGCAGUUCAAUAGUGAUUCAAAUGUAGAGACGAAAAUUAACAAACCCAACAUCCGUUGAAUAAUUUAUAUAAACACGUAGUUUGAACACCUCAAAUUGUUGAGCACCUGGAUUUUUGAAAACCAUAUCGAGCCACAUCAUAUACGUUGGAUCGAUACAGUUUUUAAGAACUCCGGUAUUCCUUUUGAAAAGGUGUAACCUACGAUCUCUUUUAGGUUUUUACUAUAUCGAGUCACCUUUAAUUUCAAUGGAAGGAAUUUAUAUAUAGGCCAUCUCAGUUUUUAACUUUAGAUAUAGUUGUCUCUAGUGAACAAGAAUCAGUAUGCCUGGUUGAUUUCCUGCUAGUUACUUCUUAACGAAUGUGUGCUGAAUAAUUGUGCAUGAUUUAGUUCUUACUGAUUGCCUUUUUAUCACACAGUCGAUCUCAUGACUGAAACAAAAUGUGAAAGUUUAGCAGCAGUGAAAACAAAAGGAGCCAUGCAGCUUCAAUCUUGUCUUAAAUGCAAAAGUAAAUUGUAAGACUGUAUAUAAGAUUGUAUUGCCAAGCCUGAUAGGCUGGGUGUGAAAUGGCAGUGUGUGGGCCGCCAUAUGCAACUAAUGUUGCAUUAAAUUCUACCUCGGAAUUCUGCAAAAUGCACAAGGAGAGAGGUUGAAAAAGAAAAUGGCGGUUUACGAGACUCCCAAUAUUGUAAUUGUUUUAACAAAACCUCGAAACCUUUAGCUAAUGCGAAGGGUUAUCCGAGAAAAACGAUGGCAUUAAACUAGAUGUCGUAACAGAGUUAAGUGUACGAAGCUCCCAAACGUGUGACGGACGUCUUGAGGCAGCCUCAAAAUUAUCCUCGCUAGAAGGUGUAUAUAAUGAUGGGCUGCGCGAAGACGAAUGUCGUAAAACAUAUGGUGUUGCAUGUAAACUGCGAUCAGGUGUGUAGCCAGUUUGGGUGCAUGAAACCAGUCAAACCACUAUUAUGUUAUUGGGAUGUAUAUGUACCUCUCUGUAUCAUGAGAUAAAGCCGUAACACAUCCUCAUCAUCUUAACGCAAGAUGUAGGGAGAGGGGUUAUGGCUGAAUUGUAAUUAAACGAUAAUCGGGCAAGUCAAUGAGUCGCUGACAGCGGUUAUCGAGAUGCAAAGAAAUGCAUCUAAAUAACAUAGUACGCAACACGUAUACUAUAUAGUAUAAGUAUACUGAUAUAGGGUUUCCUCAGAUAGUCCCUUAAAAUUCUGAGCUCGAGUGUUUGGUUGCACUUAUGAUGAUUAUGAUUGUCUCUGGUGAUUAUGAUUGUCUCAUAAACUUCAUAGAAUCCAACGUUAUGACGAUUCGGUAUUUCAUAAUGUGGAAAUGAAGAUGUUUGUAGUGCGACCAAAAGCCGACACAACUUUGAAAUUCUCUUUGUUGCAUGAAUAUCACAAAGUUUAUAUGCAUGAUUAGCUGAAUUAAGGUUAUGUCGCAAAAUAAUACGGGUGUAGAAAGCUCGUAAAAAUGUCGUGUAAAAGCCUCAAAAAGCUCUUUGAUGGAAGUUAUGCGAAAACUGCAGAAUAGGCUAAACUGAUGUUAUAGAAUAUUGAUACACUAUAACCUUGCUAAUGCGAGUAUCAAAAUAAUGUGUCCAUAGGACGUACGUCAGGCCACGAUUACGGCGACGAUAUGUCGACGGUCGUCGGUAAACAAUGUCGAAAAUUGCUUUAAUACCGUAUGGUUUUAUAGCUUCAGUAGAGAUUAGACCGGUAUUUUAUGUAUACUAUAGCCCUGUCAAGUUUGACCUGGGUAUCGAAUAGGUGCAUGUGUACGGUUUUCAAUAUCACGGAAGUUAAAAAACACUUCCUUCAAAUCUUUGAUAUAUUUACACGUUUUGUCGGUUUUUAUAUAUAAGAUUGCAAUUGUAAGCUAAGUGUCAGUGAUAUAUAUUUAUAAUCUUAGUUAUGCAACUAAAAUCAUUCUUAUACUUGUAUCCAUUAUUAUAAAUUAUUUGUAUUUUAGAGGCUGAGUAAUUGUUAUAGAUUUUUUGCUUUUAUUAAUGACCUAAAAAUAGCUGUAAGUUGCACCGAUAAUUCUGUAUUAAUUAUUUACUAUAUAUACUCGAUUGUAUUAAGAUUAGUGUAGAUAUGCAUGCAUGUAUCUCAGUAUCUGUUUGUAAGUUAUAAAUGAUAUAUAGAUAAUAUAGAUUGUUAUAGAUACGAUCAGACAUGAAAUGUGCAUUUUAUAAAACACUUUGUUUGAUUUACUCAAUAAAAGUGCUACACAAUGUAGUUCUGUUU